UCGCCGCUAUAGUGAUAGAAUUGCGUCGUAAACCAAAACUCACGACAUGUAACCGACAUUUAAAGUUGAUUGGAAAUAGUUUAUCAUCAUAAACGCACAUAAUAUACAGUACAGCACAGUACUGUUUGUCUCUUGUUAGUUAAGAAAGUACGAACGAUUGGUCCGGACAGAAAGCCUUUCUCAAGUUUCUUAUCGACUACUUUAAAAUGAUGGACAUCGUUUUACGGGAUGCAUUCAAGAACGCCAAAAUGUAUCUGAAAAAGUGUGCGGUAUUGGAGACAUUAAAUACUUUUGCUUUGUACAACAACUUGCCUUCUGUGACAUUCUAUUGAAAUGGACAACAAUAAGCAAUAUAUAUAUACAUAUAUAUAUAUAUUCGUAAAGGCACACGAACUAUAUACACUUGGACAAUAUAUUGCUACAAUUAAAGAACCUCUGCAGUAUAAGUAAUGAGUAUCAUUUGCUCAAUAACAGCGAAUUAAUCACGACAAAAUAAAAAAAAAAACGUUUCCCUAAGAAUGGCCCGCUAGCUUAAAGCUAACAUAUAAAUGAUGAUGAGUUUUGAAACGUUUCCAACAAGAGUUCUUGAAUGUCACUCAUUGAGGGAGAGACCGUUGGUAAAUAAAUAUCUGACAGGUGAGCAACUUUCUCACUCCCGGUUUGGACGUCUGAUGUGAUGAUGCCUGGCUUCUUUUGGACGCGGUGUCUCAACAGGACCUUCACAUAUGCAACGUGGGCAAAAGGCAUCCGAAUCAGAACGGCGAAUCGGCUUUAUUGGUCCUCCACAAGAAGGGUCGUCAAUGUUCUCACAGGUGUAAGGGCUGCAUUCCUGCUGGGACUCCCAACGCUGUCGUGUCUGACAUAUGGAGCUUAUCGCAUGGUACAUGAUUCAGUUGUGGUCCUCGCUUUGGAAAAAGAGGAGGUUCUUGAGCAGGCCGACUACCUUUACAGCUGUGCGGAGACACACAAACUCUACCAGCUCCUACUGGAGUACAAAGACAGCGAUAAUGCAGAGUUCUUGUGGAGGCUGGCAAGAGUGUCCCGUGAUGUUUCUGAGCUGCCCGACACCAAGGAGGCACGGAAGAAACAGCUGGUGUAUGAGGCCUUUGAAUAUGCAAAAAAAUCCUUGGAGAAAGAUGACAAGUGUUUUGCAGCACACAAAUGGUAUGCAAUAUGCCUGAGCGAUGUGGGGGAGUAUGAGGGAGUCAAGGUUAAAAUUGGAAAUUCUUUUGUAAUCCGAGAACAUCUAGAGAGAGCCCUGGAGCUCAAUCCCAAAGAUGCGACAUCCUUGCACAUUUUGGGGUACUGGUGUUUUACCUUUUCUGAGCUGCCGUGGUAUCAACGCAAGGUGGCGGCGGUUAUUUUUGCAUCGCCUCCCACAUCCACAUAUGAGGAGGCUUUGCAGUUCUUCCUGAAAGCUGAACAAGUGGAUCCAAACUUCUACAGUAAAAACCUCCUCAUGCUGGGGAAGACUUACAUGGCCAUGAAGGAUGAGCAGAAAGCUCUGCUAUGGCUGAACAAAGCUAAAGAUUACCCCCCUCGCACGCACGAAGACAAAGAGGUCCAUAAAGAAGCCGCUGACCUGUUAAAGAAGUUCAGAUGAACCUGGCACCUUUUGAGAAUGUCGUCUAAUUGUUAACAUAGUUUAUGCUUGGCCUUGGACAGAGAAAUCACUCGUUUCCACGAGGUGCCGUCCUCACAACUUGAAAAUAAAAGCACAAUCAUGGCGGGGAA